CUCUGUUCCUUGAUAUUUGUCACUCAUGGUUUUUUCUUUAAAUAACGAUGGGACUGCUUUAGAUUAAAUCAGACAUUAAAUAUAUUCUUAAAGUCAUUUUAAAGGAACGUGCAACAUAUGCGCCUAUCGUUUCGUUUCAAUAAAGUUCUGGAGGUCCAUGGGUUGACUGGCGUUUGGUCGUUAUCGUCCAUCCAAAAAAAUACGUUUGACAGUUUAACAAAAUAUCCAAAAUUGUUAAUCGGUACAGUUUUGGUUACAGAUAAACGUUUCCGAUGCCGCAUAAAGAAAUUGUAAGAAUUAAGUCCGGGACGUUAAAGUGAUGUUAACAAACAGUGGCACGUCUGUGAUUAAAAUAAAAACCCCCAAAAGUUCUCGUGAUGCAUCCGAUUCGGAGUAUACGAACAACGGCGAUAACUUCGAAGGUAGCGGCACCGACCAAGACGUGUCGGAGGCCAACAAUAGGUAUCAGACGUUUUCAAAGGAAACCAGGUUUGGGCGAGGCUCACUUAGAUCUAGGACCCGUUCGACUGAGUUUCGUCCAAGCCGGUCUUCGGGAGGCAGGGGUGGAACUAGGGGACGUAGGGGUGAUCCCACUUCUAGAAGAAGCGAACGAGAGUACUCUGAUGCGACUUAUAGCAGCAGACGGUAUGAGUCGGCCAAGAACAAUGACUCUAGUAGUGGUUACAGAGCCAAGUUUUACGAGUUGGAAAAGAAGAGUGACAUUAAGCUGAACCUGCCAGAAGACACGCGCAUAUCGAAACUGCUGCGCCGGCUUAACAAUGAGACAAAUCAGGACAACUCCUUGGCAGUAUCGAAGAAACUGCUUGAAGUUCUCUUGCUGCCUGACAAUGCUCCUUAUGUUCGCAAAGCUUUCCACAUACUAGGCGAAUCAAUGUAUGAAAUCCUGCAUGUGUCGCCUGGUCUAGUGGCGAAACAGCAAACUGCCCGGGCUUUAGGCCGCAUGGGCUAUAUUAUGGCGCGGGAGGGCGACUUUGAGCGGUACCAUGGGUGGUUGUUUUCAAAAAUUAAUAACAGUUAUGAGGACAUGCAAAUUUUGCUAAUUGCAAGCUUGAAGGAAACGUUGGAGAUGGAUGGGGCGUCGAAACUGCUUGAAGACCAUAUUGAGAGUCUAAUCGGUAACUUGGUGGGGGCAAUAGAGCUGACCGAGAAUGCGGAAGUGUUUAAAGUGAUUCUGAGUGUGUUGGUAAUGGCAGUCGAGACUUAUCCGAACGAAUUUUAUGGACAGUUUCGGGACACAAUUGACUUGCUGUUUGGGUGGCACGUAGAUCAUACCCAGCCGCUCUCCAAUAUUGAGUUUAUAUCAAAAAGUCUACAGAAAUUGGCGCAGCACUUCAAAUGUCACCUUGAGUUUUGCGUUUCGCUAGUCGAGAACUUUCUGGAAGACAUCGUCAAUUAUUAUGGCGAUCUUUCGGCGUCCGAGUCCCGCGAACACGUCACCGUUCUCGUACUCGCGUUGAACACAGUGCUCAAGUGUCUUGGGCCUAGUUUCCAUCCGGGACAAAACAAGUAUGUAACUCUCGAGUUUAUCAAUACAUGUCUCGGUCGUGUAAUAAAGAUCGUGGGGGAUGCUUUCGGGGAUGUUAAGUCCGAUAACCUCACCAUAGCAGUGAAUGAAUGUGUGUCUUUGCUGCUCGCGUACUUAGACUCCAAACCGCACAGCCUGAGCAAGUCAGUGUAUAGUUUGAUAGAUCUAGAACUGUCCCAUAUCAGGGACGUUUCGGAUAACGCGAUUAUAUCAAUACUCGUGUUUGUAUCGAAAGCGGUGAAGGAGCUGUCUGCCAACUUGCCCCCCGAGCUGAUCGAGAAACUCGUGGGACCAACCUCAGAGAUACUGAGGCUCAGGUCGUCUCCAUUUGCCGAUAUUCAAGAUUCGGUGAUAUGCGUCUACCAAUCGCUACUGAAUUUGAAAAAUGUGUCGCUUCUGCAGGAGGCUUAUAGGUACGUGUUGGGCGACCUGGAGCGUUUCUACAAAAGGCUGGUGCCGAAUUUCGAGCCAUUCGUCAAGAACAACCCGUUCCAAGACUCCGGCGACAACGACGAGGACCCCCAGCUGACGGUGACGUUCCUGUUGCGUUGUCUCGCGCAGCUCGCGAACGCCAGUUCUAUCAUCGUGAUGUGGGCGCUGAAACCGAGCAUCCUCGAGCUCGUCGGAGUAAAGCUGCGUCCGUAUGACGCCGUCCUUAGCAAAAAAACGCCCUACCUCCAAUACGGUCUACUGUACCUCCUCUAUUCGCACUGCAAGUGCUACAGCCAUUUCGUGUCGAGCAGCAGCCUCGUGGCCAAAAGGCAGGAGCUGACGGGGCUCAACAGAUUCGCUCUCACCGAAGGUCUGAGCAUCAACGAUGGCUCGUCCGGUACGUCGCCCAAUUCCGGCAACUUCGCCAUCAUCCUCGACGUCAUCUACUGCACCCUCAAGACCGACACAUCAGCCGAGGUCACGCUCCUUCUGCUCCAGUGGCUCGGCGACGUCUUAGUCAACUCCGACAGUUACCUGGAGGCGUUUUACCUGCACGAAAAAUUCGCCAGGGUGACGGACGCCCUCGUCAAAACCGGCUACCACUUCAACUCGCGCGUCGUCGAGGCCGUGUGCGACAACCUCGAAAAGUUGCUCGGCAACAAGCAGCUCAGCUGGAGCAACGCCUUCCUCACCGACGUCAUCGACCUCUGCAAAUUGCAGAUGAACUCGAACGAAGCGUCGGUGCGCGAGCGCUACGCGAAACUUUCCGCGCACGUGCCGUGGGACGUCGCCGUAGUCGAGUUCAACAAGGUCAACGGGCCUCCGGUGGCCAAACAUCCGCGCCACUCGAACGAUUUCAACAGUUACAUGAUCUACCUGGCGCAGACUCUCCACCUCAACGGCUCCGUCGACGGCGAAUUCAAUCCGCAACAAUUCCGCUCGUUCAUGGACUACCUGUUGAACGACGCGCGCGUCGACGCCGACUUUCUGCGCAACGCGUUCGUCUGUUGCUGGGCGCUCGAUUCCGAAUCCCAAAUGAACAUGGAACUGUUCUACGACCUGGCGAUGAACUCGCGCCAGGUGCUCGGCGCCUGGUGCACACUCGAGGCCGCGCAAUUUUGCGUCAACUGCAAGCUGCGCACGCCCCUCGGCAAACCGAACGAAACGUUCACGAAGAUCGAGUACGCGCUGAAUCAGCUCGGAAACGAUUUGGUGACGCGCAGCGCGAACGCGACCGAAGGCCAGCGCGUCCGCAUGCUGCUCCAGUUCGUCGAGCAUCUCGAAAAAUCGAUCGCUAACGCGGCCGACGGAUCGGCGGUCGCGAUGCCUCAGCCCACGAAGGCGGUGCGAUCGUUCUUCGUCGCCAACGGCAACACGUGCAACGAGUGGUUGUCGCGCAUCCGCAAAGUGGUGAUGCACGUCGCCCUGCACUCGGGCGAGAACGGUAUCGCUCUCAGACACGGCCAGUGCCUGCUCAGGGACCUGGUGGCCGCGGGCAAAGCGACCGCGCCCGAGUUCGAGCGCGUCGCGAUGCUCGUCGCGUUGUCGCUGCUGAACCUCAAAGAGCCGGAGGCGUUGUGCGGACUGUACGCGUGGUGCAAGGCGCAAACGGGGCGCAGAUACGCGUGGAUUCGAUGCGCCGCGGAGCAGGCUUCCAAGCGGUACGAGCUGGCCGCCGAGGGGUACAAGAAGCUGUUGCGGGAGGCGCGAGGCGACGCGGAAGACCGGCAACUGGACGCGGACGUCCGCGGAUUCGUCGCCGACCAGAUCGUCCACUGUUACAAAGAGCUGAACAGUUGGGGUCAGCUGUUCGAGUGGCGCGAUGAGGAGGAAGACGCGGGCGUCGACGGCAAAAAGUACUGGUUCGGUACCGUCGACUGGGACUGCAACAGGAAACUGUACGAGUUCGAGGCGGGCGGGGCCGAAGCGCUCGCCGACCUCGCCGAGUGGCGGUUCGCGGCGGAGAACGCGUCGUGGAGCGUCUACGAGAACCUCGCCGUCACCGAGACGAACCUCUAUCACGUGGCGCUCGAUUUGGCGGCGGGCGGCGAGGGCGGCGUCGCGUGCGCCGAACAGAUCGCGCGCAGCCUCGACGUCGUCCGCGAAGCGGUCCAGGAUAACCUGUGCCUCGCGCCCUCCGACUUCCUUCAGACUUACUGCCUGCUGCAGUACGUCGGGACGGGAUUGAAGAGCGUCGCGGAGAACGCGCCCGCGCACACCGUCUUCCUCGUGUCCGAACAAUUCGACACGGAAAUCGACAAGAUCGACACGCUCGCGCUGCGCAAGAUCCUCUGGUGGUCCGAAUACUUCGGCCGCGUGCAGGACCACGGUUUCAACGCGUUCACCGGCAACCUGCGGCUCGAUAUAGCGAAACGCGCGCGCAAAGAGAAAAACUACGGCCUCGCCGCCAAACACCUGAGCAAUUUUUUUGCGGACAAGGGCGUCGACGUCGCGCCGGAUUUGCGUUUCACCGCCGCAGACUUCAUGGAAAAGUUCGCGGACGUCGGGCCGUGGACGCUGGACGUGUCGAAAGCGGUCACCGAGGUCAUCAAGCUGUGCCACACGUCCGAAUACUCCCGCUCUACCGCGCUGAACCUCUGCGCGUCGGUGUCGACCGCGUUGUCCAAAUACGGCGCGGCCGAUCAUCGCAAAAUCAGCAGCAAAAUCCUGCUGAAACUCGCCGGCUGGCUGCAGUCCAACGAGAACGUCAACGUGACCGACAUGACGAGCCCGCUCGGAAAACUGAUCAUGGUACUGCCCGAUAUCGGUAUGAUGGACGCCGCCGGCGCCGCCCACGUCGUGCCGUUAAACGAGAUGGCGGUCGGCAAGUUGCUGCAGUUCGGCGCUCACCAGUGUCCCUCCCUCGCCAAAAGCUGGAACGCGUUCGGCACCUGGUGCUACCGCUGGGGCAAGAAAAUAACGGACCGCAGCGCCGACAUCAACCUCUCCGACGAACACUGUUCGGAAAUUAGGGCGUCGCUGCCGUCCGACACGUCCGAGGACGACUACGCGAAGAUAUUCCGCAUCUUGUCGCAGACGCGAUCGAUCGUCGGGGGCGGCGACGACGAAGACAUCGACUCGAACGAGAUCAACACUUCGGACAUGAUCCGGGGGCAACUUCAGCAAGUGGCGCCGCUCGCCGACGCCACCGAAGACCAGCUCCGCGGUCUGGUGCAGAUUUGGAAGAGCACGCAGCGUCGCGUGUACACUUAUUACGCUCUCAGCGCCGAGGCCUACUUCAAGUACCUCCACCUGGUGUUGAACGAGGAGAACGUCUCGCGGAGUACCGAAUGCGACACGGUCACCAUCACGCUGAGGCUCCUGCGGCUGAUCGUCAAGUACGCGCUGGAACUGCAGAGCAUCCUCGAGGAGGGGCUGCAGACGACGCCGACGCGACCUUGGAAAGUGAUCAUACCGCAGUUGUUCUCGCGGUUGAACCACCCCGAGGGUUAUGUCAGGCAUCGGGUGUCCGACUUGCUGUGUCGCGUCGCGGAAGACGCGCCGCAACUGAUCACGUUCCCGGCGGUGGUCGGCGCCCUGGAGGGCGGUCUCAAGUUCGACUUUUCCGACAUCCGGCUGCCGAAAGACUGCCUGUCGCAGAACAACGACGAGGACAACGAGGCGGACGAAGAGGAAGACAACAAUUACGAAAGCGACAACGAGGAGUCGAUCAAUUCGCUGCAGGGCUGCUUCAAGUCGAUGGUCGAGACGUUAAGCAAACAGGACCCGGAGACGAUCACGCAGGUGCAGACGCUCGUCAAAGAGCUGCGACGGAUCACGUUGUUGUGGGACGAGCUGUGGUUGGGAACGCUCGCGCAGCACCAGUCGGAGAUCGCGAAACGGCAGGCGCAGCUCGAGUACGAGAUCGACAAGGUGAACGAAAACGCGAGCCUGUCGACGGAAGAGAAGGCGUCGAUGAUCGCCGAGAAGCACCGCAUCAUAAUCAAACCGAUCGUCUACGUGUUGGAACAGCUGCGAGACGUGACGGGGGUAGAGGCGGAGACGCCGCACGAGAAACUGUUCCAGCAGAAGUACCUCGACGACGUGGACGCGGUGAUCGCGAAACUGAAGAAUCCCGACGCGCCCGAACGGCCGGCGCAGUCGCUCGCGCCUCUACGUCAGCUGCAAAAAAAGUUCCAGCAGAGGUUCCACAAGCGCGCGUCGUACUCGCUCAAGAUGCAGGAUAUUUCGCCGGUACUGCACUCGAUCAAGAACACGUUGAUCGCGAUGCCCGGCCUGUCGACCUCCGGUCACGGGGCGGUCACGAUCUCGCACGUGUCGAACGUCGUGUCGAUUUUGCCCACGAAAACCAAACCGAAAAAGUUGGUGUUUUACGGGUCCGACGGACAGACCUACACUUACCUGUUCAAGGGUCUGGAAGACUUGCAUCUAGACGAGCGCAUCAUGCAAUUCCUGAGCAUCGCGAACACGAUGAUGGCGCAGAACGCGGAUCCGGCGGGUCACAACCUGUACCGCGCGAGACACUACUCGGUUAUACCGUUGGGGCCGAGAUCGGGCCUGAUAUCGUGGGUGGACGGGACCACGCCCGUUUUCGCCCUCUACAAGAGAUGGCAACAGCGCGAACUGGCCAAGCCCAACCCCAAAGGCAUAUCGGCGAAUAAUACGACCGUGCUGCGCCCGUCGGAACUCUUCUACAACAAACUGCUCGAACACGGCGUGAAGAACAUCGAGAACCGCAAAGAGUGGCCCCUGGCCGUCCUCAAGGAAGUCCUCGCGGAACUGAUGGCCGAGACGCCGUGCGAUCUGCUCGCGAAAGAGCUGUGGCUCAAUUCGGUCUCUGCGAGCUCGUGGUGGCAAGUGGUCAAACGAUACUCGUACUCAGUCGCCGUCAUGAGCAUCAUCGGGUACAUUAUCGGUCUCGGCGAUCGUCAUCUGGACAAUGUUUUGAUCGACCUGUCAACCGGCGAUGUGGUGCACAUCGACUACAACGUGUGCUUCGAAAAAGGCAAAACGCUGAGGGUACCGGAGAAGGUGCCGUUUCGAUUGACGCCCAACGUCAGGGAAGCGCUCGGAGUUACCGGGAUCGAGGGUAUCUUCCGAUUAGCUUGCGAGAACGUGCUGAAGAUAAUGCGAAAAGGUCGCGAAACGCUGUUAACGCUACUUGAGGCCUUCGUCUACGAUCCCCUGAUCGACUGGACGAUCGGGGGUGAAGUGCUGGCGGGUACGUCGUUCGGCAGCGGGGUCAAGAUAACCGCGGACGGCGGCGCUCACCGCCAGAGUAAGAAAGAGCUCGAGCGAGAGGUCACCCUGGCGAUGUUCAACGUUCGCUGCGUCGAGAUGAAAGUCGAAUGGCAAGAGAACAGAGACGAAAUCCUGAACGAGAUUCCCAACUUAAUCGACCACCUCAACACGUGUCUUGCCCUGAUGAACGAUCUGGAAGAGAUCGAGGAUCAGCUACAAGAUUUACACCAGCAACUGGCGCUGGUCAAAGAGGCGGAGGCGCAGGGCCCAGGCAAACAUUCGCUCUACAAGCUGCCAUCGCUGUACAGCGAGUACGUGCAAGCGCAGGAGGCGAUGAACACCGCCCGCAAGGGAUUGGCUGAUAUAAUAAGGGACUGCGAGGGCCACGCGAAAACGUUCGACAACCUGCUGACGCUGUACGAGAAGCAGCAGUUCUCGCAGUGGCUGAACGAGCUGAAGUACGGCUUCGGCGAGGAGGCGUUUCCCGUGUUCGAUUUGGUCAAGGAAUUCCUGCACAACGCGGGCAAGGACGACAUGAUCGCGCAGUGCGAACAGUCCGAACAGAAGGUAACGCAAAUCUCUCAACACCUGAACGUGCAGACGCGCAAGUGCAUCCAGAUAUUCCAAGAUUACUUCUCGCUCCUGGUACAGUGCCCGAAAUCGUACAUAGCGAACCACCGCAUGGACCUGUUCACCGAAUGGGCGCAGUACCUCUUGGACACGAAGAGCACCGAGGGCUGCGACGUGGUAUUCGACAAGGCGCGCCACUUCCUCGAAAGCAAAACCCAAAAUUCCACCCAAAUAGUCAAUGUCGCAUUCAUCCUCGACCGGUACUCUAAGGAGGCGCUCAUACAAGUGAACAAGCUCUACGACGAGCUAGCGAUCAGGCGCACCAAGGAGCCGAACGCCCUACUCGAAAAAAUGUACGGCAACGCGAAACUGAACGCGUCGUCGUUCCUGCAAUCCGAAAAAGGGGCGGUGAACGCCUUUAAAUUCGUCAUAGCCGGCGAGUUGCUGCUGCUCAACCGGAACUUUUUGACACUCGAGAUUGCCGCGCAGCGUAGCGGCGACUGCCUGAUCAAGCUGACGUCGCGCGACGGCGACUGGUUCCUUGACGAUCUGCUGCUGCACAGCACUAGAGCUGUUGAAAUGGUGAACAACUUGCCCGUGAGGCAGGACAUCGACGACGCAAGAUUUUAUCAACUAUUGAACGGCGUGAGAACCGCGAACGGUCUGUACAAGGCACUUUACGACCUGAAUUUCAAUUUUCACACGAUCAUCUUGCCGGAGUCGAUGAAGAAAAUCCAAGCGGACGAAGAGAGCGCGUUGAAGAUGAUCAACGACGUCAACGCAAUUAUCGCUGAGUGCGACUCCCCGAUCCCCGACACGAUCGCUCAGUUGGAAAAGUUCCUAACGUGCAUACUGAUGCACAUUGACGUACACACUCGUUAUGACUUCGUUUUGGAAAAAAUCGCCACUAUCGAGUCGAAAUUCCUCGCUCUGAUACCGACCCAAUCCGAAUCAUUGAGCCAGGGCCAGAUGCUGCUGAUGGGCUUCAACGGCCUGUUCGACAAACUCACCCAAGAGAUCAACGAUCUGGUGAAGACGCUCGGCGAAUUGGACGUGCCCAAGUCCUGGAAGAAACUGGACCACGUCAAAGAAGCGAAGAACAUCGCGCCGCACAUAUUCAACCCGCAAGUGAGGCGCGUUCUCGAGAACAUAUUCUUCUUGAAACGGGUCCUCGCUAUAUCCGAGUUCUUCGGUCUCGCGCGAGACACCUGCCACGCUAUAAGGUGCAACGCGCCGGCCAAAGUGUACGGCGACGAGCAGCUCACGAGGCCCGUCAAGCGGUUCGUGGCCGAGUUUAUCUCGCGACAGUUGCUCGGCGUCACUCCCGAGAUUAUUACUUACGUGAUAUGCGCGAUUCUGCAACAGCUGGGACUCGACGUGACACACGAGAUCGAACAGAAAGACAUCGGCGCGGAGAGCAAGGUGCCCCUCGACGAGCUCUACCACAAAGCGUACAACGUACUGAUGAAGGACGGCACGUUCACCGCGAACAUCGUCUCCCAAGCGUCCAGCCUCGAGGCUAACCUCAAGCUCUCGUGGGAAAAGAUCCAGGAGCCAAAGAAGAUUGAACAGAAGCUGACAGUGUUGCAGUCGAGCGCGUUUCGGCUACAGAGUCAGCUCUACGUCCACAACCUGAUGUUCGACGACGUUCUCGCGCGACAUAACGUCGCGUCGGUGAGAGCCCGCUUCGUCGCCGACAUGCAAGCCGGUCUGACCGGUUUGCAGACUUUGUCGCGACAACUAGGAGAAGCGUCGGACGCACAGCAAAUCUUGAUCGAGAAAGCGCAGCAGAGGCUGAACUGGGCGAAAGGCGCGAACCCCAACGUGUCGGAAAUAUUGGCCGCGUUCGAGAACGCAGUCCGUGCCAUGGACGCGAGGCUGAAUGUCGAACGCACUAUCGCAACCAAGGUGCUCACGUCGUACGACAUCGUGCUGCAGCACGAGCUGCUUCGGUGCACCGGUCUCGACGCUACUAAAGAGUACGACAAGCUGUUCCUGAACUGCUAUGAAAAGUGGCGGAUCGCGUGUCACUACAACGAGUCCAAGACGGAGAACCUGCUUCCCGCCGAGGAAAGCAUUCUGAAUAUGCUGUCCCUAGAUCUGGUCGACGACCCGGAAUGGCCGGGAACCAUAUCCGUGCAGAUAACCGACGCGAUCGCCAUUUACCAGAAAAAGUUGGCGGAGAAAAACGGUUCUCUAUUCUCCGAAACUGACUGCCUCGUGUCGGUCGUCGAUAAUUUCAAGACGCUUUACAACAUCCACACGAAGCUGAUGCAGGACGUAAGGGGCCUGCUGAAAACGAUGGCCAAGCUGGAGGAGUGCGCUAUGAGCGCACAGGAUUUCAUCCGCAAGUACCGCUCUUACGUCGAGCAUUUCAACGCCUUUUUUGACGUGUUCAACGAGGUGGCCCUUGACAAGGACAGGAUUGCGCGCAUGCUCGCCCACCUCGACAAUAUCCGGUCUAGUACAGCGGACGUGCACGAGAGUUUGCUAGCGUUACGCGAGCGCGGACCGCAGCUGACGAGGCAGGGGCGUACAGUCGUAGACGGAGCUGACAAACGGGACGUUAGGGGACAACAGCGGAACGCCUACGCAGUCAACGUGUGGCGCAGAGUCAAGAUGAAGUUGGAGGGGAGGGACCCGGACCCGGGAAGGAAGCUGACCGCGCAAGAACAAGUGGAUUACGUAAUACGCGAGGCGACCAACCUGGACAACCUGGCUCUGUUGUAUGAGGGCUGGACCCCGUGGGUGUGACCCCCGGGCUGAAACGGCGGCGCGGGGCGGCUGACUGUCCGCAAGCGCGCGCGGGUCUACCUUAAUCUUUAAAAGCAAAACAAAACCGACGAGGCGGCGGCGGCGGCAACCAUCCAUACCGGUUAAGGGGGCGGGGACGAGAGCCGCGGUUGGACGCGGCGACUCACGAGAGGGGGCGAAACAACAAUCGCUCCCCGUUGACGCCUGUCUGACGGAACCGGGGAGGUAAUCCGCACGGGUACAACAGCAUAUGUAAUGUAUAUCCCGCGGUUAUGUUGCUUUCUCAUUCAUAAAAUAACGUAAGAGGCUGUCGGAGAUCAUCGGCAUACCCAAACAUACACACACAAAUAAAAACCAAGUAAUAUUUUAAACGGCCGUCUCCCGGGCGCGGGGGCGGCGUCGCGGGCCUGCGCGUUGUUGUCACGUAUGCGCAGGCGCCACAACCGAAACGCACUGGGGCCGGGGCGGAGCUUCGGCUGCGCAUGCCCAACGCUGGAGAAGCGAAGAUUGUAGCCGACAAAGUGGGCACGUGCUUUCGAAACGUCCUCCCCGGGGUUAAUACAAUUAUGUACGUGGUGUAUUAUUUGAUAAUAGACCAUCAAUUAAUUAGAGAUAAAUAUUGUCGUAGUUAGAAGGAACGGGGUGUUUUGCUUAACGGCGGAGGAGGCGCGAUUCGCCGGUUACGGGACGUGGUGGGGAUAUACCCGACUGACUACACUUUUUUUUAGGAAAAAAAUUCGUUGUUUCAUUUUUGCAAAUUGAACGUUGGGAACCAGUCGCGUUGGAUAUUACUUCAAUUUCGCGUUAUUCGACUUUCGAGGGUUUUAAAAUGUAUAUAUUCCAAAAUAUCCAAAAAAAAAUGCAUAUUUUCCUCUUAAUUUCAUAAAAAAUCAUAUUCAAGAUUUAUUUCAAUUUCACCGGGGCUCUGUAAAAUAGUGAUUUUCUUCUGACGAUUUUGGCAAUAAGGACCGUCCCCCUAAUCUCUCGGGUAAAUAGAAUAUUAAAAAAUAACGUUAGUUUGGUUAGUAGACAUUUCUGAAAUGGGUUAAAAUAGCUACAUGAAAUUUAGACCACAAAUACCUUUGUUAUAUAUUAUACGCUGAGAUAGUUCGUUCUCACGUAUGAAAAUUAUUUGAAAUAAUGUAUUAAUUCGGUCAAGAUCAUGCUAAAACCUCAAAUAACUCCAAAACGAGUUUUAUUUUUUACUUUAAACAAGAGAAAACUGUUAAAAACAUAUUAUUAAAUAUCCCCAUAAAAAAUGUUUAGUAACGCUCCUAUACAAAACAUCAACGAUAGCUUUUAUGAUCCAAUCAAAGGUAUUUGUGUUAAAAAAAAACUAUUUUUUUGAUAUAACUAACAUUAUUUGUUAAUAUUCUAUUUACCCUAGGUAUUAGCGACGCGUUUUUUGAAACACCCUAUAGUUCGACACCGCACCCUACUUGAUUUAUUGUAAGUUACAUCAUUUGGUUUUUUGCCACUGGAACACUUUUUUGUAAAAACAACCACAAGUAUAUAAAAUAUUCAUCUUAAAGUAUGUAGCUUAACUGUAAAGAAUAAUUCAUACACAUAUGUUUUUUAUGUACAAAUCUUGUGUAGUACGUACAAAAAAAUGACUUUUAAAAAUAAUUUAUGUGAUCUCUUUGCCUUCAAAUUAUCCAAGAAAUCAUUCCUAAAAUUAAUCUAUUCUAUGGUUGUUUUUAGACAAAUAAAAAAUGAAGAUUUUGAUUAAGGAAAUAUGAUAGUUAGUUCUUUUGGGUAAACAACCAAAUGUGCCAUUCGAAUUUUCGGUUUUGUCUUAGUUGCCUUUUUUUCACAUUGACAAACAAAAAUUCGCUUCAAUUAAUAUUCGAAAUUAUUUAAACAUACAUGGCAAUAAGGAAAUUGUAUCUGAUGAUUAAGUUUGCCUUAUGAAAAACAUACCUAUUUGACCUAAUGAAGGUGAAAGAAAGUGUCCGUAUUUUUAGUAAUUUCUUAAUUCGUUAGAUUAAAAACAGCGAUCUUAUGUUAAAGGACGCCAGCGUGGAAAAUUGCAUCACAUUCUAUUUUCUACCCCGGGGCUAAAGAAAGCUGCCGCAUUGCAUUUUAAGCGAAACACCCUUAAUAAACCUAUCAUAUUCGUGUGAGUGUAAGAGAGAAGAUCGAUUUUUAUCACUUCGGUUUCUAGGUAAUUAAUUUUUUUAGCAUUUGCCUUUCGCAAGCAGACCCUUCGAUGUGUUUUCUUUUUUAAAAUCCACCGCAAUAAAAUCUCUUCCAUUAUAUCGACGCAGUAAGACACACAGUAAAGCGGCUUAUUCGAAAAUUUUAAUUUGCCAUUACCUUUGUUUUCUCACUUAUCCUGUCUGUUUGUCGAUAGAUGUUUCUUAGGUGUAGAGUGCUAGUAUCGAUUAUAUUCUUGAAUAAAACGCUAGGGUUUUCUUUUAUCUGUUACUUGUGUGAGUUUAAUUAACCGGACCGGUCGUAAACUGCGGCUCGGGACGUCGAUCCCGGUCGGUUUUGUAGCCGUUCCGCGUUAAAUCAAAUAGGAAAAUAAAUAGAAUAAUGUUGCCAUCCGUUUUUCUUUAUUAUUUACGGCGACCCUUGAAGUCAUGUUCGUCUCAGAAACGGUAAAAUAUGACAGAACUGUAAUAGGGAACUUGAACAUUUUUUUAUUUCUUUAAUACAUA